AUGUACACACUCUGUAAGCUCUUUCUAGCCGCUCUUUCAUUGACCACCCUGGUUGGUGCUCACCAUCCGUCACAUGCACACUCGCGUCACGGCCGUACUGCUGGCCAUAGACAGUCUACCAACAAAAUUUACACAUUUCAAGACUUUUAUCAGGGGGAGGAUUUCAUCAAUGAUUGGGACUUUUUCACAGGUUCGGACCCCACCAGUGGCAAUGUCAACUACCAAAGCAAAUUGGAGGCACAGUCCAAGGGACUUGCAUACGUCAAUGACUGUGAUAAUUCCACAGUUCUUGCAGUAGAUUCAACCAGUGCCGUUGCUCCCGGCAGCAAUCGUGACUCUGCCCAUAUCACAUCUCAGAAGAGCUAUAAUGGCGGUCUUUUUGUCAUUGACACCUCAAACAUGCCUGUCGGCUGCUCUACAUGGCCCACGGGUGAAAUCAACAUUGUCGAGGGCGUGAAUAACCAGGUGACAAACCAAAUGACUCUUCAUAGUGGCACGAGCCAAAGUUGUACUAUCGCAAAGUCAGGUGUUAGUGCCGAUCUGUCUACUGGCCAGGUCCUCGGGACUGACUGUUACAGUACCGGUAAUGCGGAUGCAGGCUGCAGCGUUGAGGACGCGGACACAAAUUCUUUUGGAUAUGGCUUCAACAAUGCAGGGGGCGGUGUCAUUGCGCUUCUGUGGGACACCUCUUCUGGCAUGUCAGUGUGGCACUUUGCUCAUUCUGAAAUCCCUGUGGAUCUUACGGCGCAAACGCCCAACCCUUCUACUUGGGGCACUCCAGCUGGUUUCUGGUUUGCACAGAGUUGUGACAUUUCAGCCAAUUUCUACGACCACCAGAUGACAGAGUACAACAAUCCUAGCUUUUUUCCUGGUCGUACUACUCAAGCGUUUGGCUGUUAA